AUGGUGAAGGGCUCCUGCAAUCCAGGUUUCGAACGGGACGACUGCGGCAGCGGCGGCGACUCUAGCAAUCUCGCGGCACGUCGGGAAUAUUCGCCCCGUCGGGUUUGGGAGCCAAGGCGCUGCCUCGGCGGCGGUGGUUACCUGCCGGCAGAGCCGUCGGGCUCGGAGCAGCCGGCCGAGGCCGACCGCGCCGCAUUCCGCCGCGGCCCGGCUGCACCGGCGGGACCCGCGGGGCUCGCCCGGUCACAGCGGGACUCGCGGAGUCCGGCCGCGAGCGCCGCCAGGACCUGCCCGGGAUGGCGCCCGGCGGACAGGGGCGGAGAGCUCGGGGGCCGCGGGGGCUCCCCGGCUCCGUUGCUCGGAGGCGAUCGGCCGGGCCCCCCUGCCGUCUCCGGCCGCUACCGCCGGUCCCAAGCCCGGAGGAGCUGCCCGGCCUGCACAGAACAGCCCGAGUCGGGUCACCUGCGGGCCGCUUCAUUCCCCGCACGAAUCGAGCAGGUGUGGGACUGGAGAGGAGCUGCGUGUCCCAGCCACCGCUUCCCUGUGGCUCCUGUGCACGGGCCAGUCUCCUCAGGAGCCUCCGUCUCAAGCUUCAGUUCGGGCGGGGUGAGGAUGCACAGAAUUCCUCUUGCUGCCAUCACUCGCAGAACGCAGAAUAGAUGUGUCUACUCCUACUUGCACUGCACCCGGGUGCACCUUGGGCAGUCCCACAGAAAUUUAGCUCUCCUGGUCCUGAAGGUCCCUUUGAAAGGACAAGCCAAGCCCACCAGAGCAGAUGCAGGGUUAAAGUUGCUACAGAAAGAUCUGCAGGGAAAAUGAAUCAGACAUAGUGAUGGCUGGAGAAAAAAAGAUGCAAUUCUUAGUUCUGAGUGUUUUAGUAAAACAGAAACUUGUGACAGUAAAUUCCUGAGAAAGGGUUUGACAGAUUUCUUACAAUUAAAAAUUCAAAGGAUUCAACGGGAAACAAAAAUGACAAUGCACCAAAACACCAUGUUUUUGUUUCACACAAUGCAGGUGUGAACUUUUGUUUCAUGAGCAAAUGCAAGGCCAGCAGAGUCAGUUGGCACACUCCAGGGUCCUCUCAGGAGAAUGGAUUCUGUAAUUACAGCAGGGAAACAUUAAUUUACAGAUCACAGAGUAUACUUUUCAUUAUCAAUUGAAAAAAAUUAAUCCUAAAUUGUUUUAUAUGCAGUCAGUAUUUUCUAAAAUUAUGUAUCUUGGUUUCGAUGCAGUAGCAGUGCCUCAUAGGGCUGCUUCCACAAGGAGCUGCAGCACUGUCUAAGCAACAAAAACACUCCUAAGAGCUCUGAACGAAGUCCUGGUUCAGAGGAAAAGCCUCAAGCCUGUGACAGGCGUGAGUUUUAGGUGUUUCAGAGUGGAGAGUAAAAUGUCCCUGACUGCACCCAACUGUCCAAAUUCAGCUUGUUCUCCUCAAGUGAACCCAUUUCCAGAAAUGGGACAAACACAUAGCUGGAUGUUUUGCCUGCUGGGAGAAAUAUCAUCUGGAAUAAAAGCUGCUAAGCAGUUUAUGCUCAGAGUUUUCAAGAGGCCUUGUCUGACUCUGAAGCCAGCAGAAACAGGAAUAGGCCAUGAACAUUUAAAAUAAAAAGUCACUGCUGCAUGAAACAGCAGAAGGAUAACUACGAAAGUAAGAAUUGUAUCACUAAGUUUGUGAUUUAAUAACAAUACCUACACCUUUCUAGUCUUCAAAACACACUCACAUUUUAUAAUCAUUCUGAAAUUAAGGCCUAAAUACAUGUUAAAAAAAAUUAAAGUAAAUCAAAACGUUUAGGAUCAGAUUCCAUUCCUAAUUACUGUAAUUAACGAACAAGUCCCCACAAUUUAAGGACUGGUUUGCUCAGUUUUGUUUUUUUUUUUUUUUUAACAUAGACCCCUUUUAUCUAAGUUAAGAACUUUUAAGUCUUCUAUUUUUACACAGAAACCUAAAUUCCAGUUCAAAUUAUUUUAAUAUAGUAUAAAAUAAAGUUCACAGACUUAUCAAAAAGACAUAUCUUUGUCUUUUUAUUUUUACUCCCUGUUUGAAGACAAAUAAAAUAUUUAGAACCGGCUCAUCCCCAAGCAAACAGAAAUGCUUAUUUCCCCAUUCAUAUCAACAGUGAUUGAUACCAAAUACUUCAAAUAUUAAAGAGAAAACUUGUUGCUUAAGUUACAUGAACAGGGAUCUGAUUUAAGUAAGAGAGGAAGGAUGCAUGUUGCAUGCUAUGGCUCCCUGAAGCAGCGCUGUCAACUCUUGAGGGUGCUAUUCUUCCAUCCCAAAGCAGAUCUUGCUGUCCAGAAGCUCAGGGAGGGCGAGUAGAGUGCUCGACAAUUCAAAACAGCAGCAAGAGUCACCUAUACCAGUCAGCUGCAUGCCUUUCUGCUUAGGGAAGGAAACUGAUCAGAAAAACAUAACUGUGAAGGAACGUGACUAAGUGCAUUUGUGACUGUUAAGGGUUUUUAAUUGCACUGGAACACUGAAGUCUCUUUAUUUCACCUGAACUCUGCUCCUGUGUUGUUCUCAGGCCUUUCAGUCCUGUGGGCUCCAGAAUGAGUUACUGGCUGCAGGAUGGUGCUCAUCCUGCUGAUCCAACAGCCUGGUAGUUUGUGCACAACAUUGCAUGUGGCAGCCCUGUUAGGAACCGGAGUGCAACUGCACAUUUAUUUUACUACCUUGUUAAACCAGAAUAUUUCAUUGCUACUGACAAAGCUCCAGGCAGGAGUUUGAAUGCAAAACUUAUUGAGGUGAAUGGCAGCAACAGCCCAGCCUCUCCUCUCUCCCACCUGCAGAACUGGUGGGGGAAAAGAAGACCAGGGUGGGCACUGUGGAGCAGAAAGGAUGGGACAGCUGUCAUGGGAGUGACAAGAGGAUAUUAUCCUCACUGCUUCCUGAGUGCACCUGGGGAGUAGGCAGGGAUGGAGCAGCAGUGGUUUCCUACGCAAAUAAACAGCUGGCAAUCUACCAUCUUACUUGCUGUGGUACACUGAAACACAAACUUCUCCCCUCUCCUGUUGUGUUUUCUGCCCCAGGGAGGAGACACGUGAUACUGCACACAAAAGCUGCCACACAUGACAAUUUUCAAAGGAAAAGACUUUAUAUGCCAAAGCCUUGGAGGCCCAUAGAUCAGAAUGCAGCAGUGUCUGACAAGUCAACCAGAACCUUCCCUUCAGCUGGGAAAGGCAGCUGGGGACUGCUUAUCAUUUUUUAAUGUGCAUUUUGGUCCAACAACAAAUGAUUUAAUGACUUUAUCAUUACAGCUUUUCUCCUUUGGAGAAACACAACUCCAAGAUGAACCAACUAAAAUCCAUGCCAUUUUCCUCUUCAUUUUUUGUACCAUUCCCCUUGUUUUCAGGGUGUCUAUCCAUGCCUCAAUUCUUGCUAUCCUUGUGCUCUACUGACUCCUGGCACUUCUACUGACAGCUCAGUCCUUUGCAAUUUCCAAGCUAGGUGACAGAGGGCAUUUUUCACUUCCAUUUACCUGAUAACUGCUCACUUCCAUUCAAAUGACCCUCAGAGCCCAAUCUGUUUCCAGCUUGUCACCUGUAACCGUGCACCAGUCAGUCUGUGAAGUUUUUUUUAAUCCAUUCACAAUCUUUGCAUGGUUAAUGAGCCAUUGCAUACACAGUUCCUCUCUUAUAAUUAGGAUCAUAUUUCACUGACCACAUCCACUGUGCCCAAAACACUGCAGGUGUUUUUCAGAUACAGGAUUAAAUCCUGUUCCAAAGAACAUACAGUUGAAAUACCACCAAAAAACAACUCCACAAGUGACACUGUUGUUCCUCACCUCUCAGUGUACUGUUUCCUUCUGCUGUACUAGGCCAUCGCCUUUGCCUUAAGACUUCCACAAAUGAUGUUAUGAUGUUUAACAUGUUCUAAUGACAUGUAUCAGGUUUCCCUUUGCUCAGUAUUUGGCCACAAUCCAUUCCACU